UGUCUAAAACCGGUCCCUCUUUUGACUGAGCUGGAUCAUCAGGUGGUCGCUGGCUGACUGGCCGAGCUGAUCCCAGAACGGGGUUUUUCAGCACCGCGGUCAGCUCCGAGCCCUGCCUCUUUCCUCCUGCAGGCAGCGGAGCAUCAACGCAUCAGCGCUUCCUCCAUCUGCGACCCCUCCCCUUUUAAAUGUGCUCUCCUGAUAAAUCCUUCUUAUCUGUCACACACACUACUGGAGUUACAAGGCUUUGGACAUCGCGCAACCAAGAAGACUCAACAGUAUUUCCGGGUUUUCUUGUUUUUCUUCUUCUUCUUUUUUCUAGCUGAUAUCGGCUGCAGAUCCCCCCCCCCCCACACACACACACACCAGCAGCCCGUGGCGUUAAUCAGGCACCGUUUGUGCCUCUUUCCUCCUGUGGCUCCAAUUAAUGCAGUUUGAUUUAGCCUAACAGUAGUUUAUUUUAGACUCCAGCAGCAUGUUGGAUCCGUCUUCCAGUGAGGAAGAAGGGGACGAGGUGGUCGAGGUGGAGCGCAAAGAGGUGGCCGCCUCGAAGAGCCUCGGAGGAGCCCGACGGCCACCGGGCCGAGCCGCCGACGAUCAUGGCGGCGGAGGGCUUCAGCCCCGGGGCCGCGGCAGCGCCGGUGGCCGACCCUCCAGCCCCAGCCCUUCGGUGGGCAGCGACAAGGAAAAGGAGGACCUGGAGAAGAUGCAGAGGGAGGAGGAGGAGAAGAAAAAGCGGCUCCAGCUGUAUGUGUUUGUGAUGCGCUGCAUUGCUUAUCCGUUCAACGCAAAGCAGCCCACCGACAUGGCCAGGAGGCAGCAAAAGAUCAGCAAGCUGCAGCUUCAGACCGUCAAAGAUCGCUUUCAGGCAUUCCUCAGUGGAGACACUCAGAUUGUGGCUGAUGAGGCUUUCAUCAACGCUGUUCAGAGCUACUAUGAGAUCUUCCUGAAAAGUGACCGCGUGUCCCGGAUGGUGCAGAGCGGCGGUUUUUCGGCUAGCGACUCUCGUGAGGUUUUUAAGAAGCACAUCGAAAAGCGCGUGCGCAGUCUGCCCGAGAUCGACGGCCUGAGCAAAGAGACGGUGCUGAGCUCGUGGAUAGCCAAGUUCGACACCAUCUACCGAGGGGAAGAAGACCCCCGGAAGCACCAGCAGAGGAUGACUGCCAGCGCUGCCUCCGAGCUCAUCCUCAGCAAGGACCAGCUGUAUGAAAUGUUCCAGCAGAUCCUGGGGAUCAAGAAGUUUGAGCACCAGCUGCUCUACAAUGCCUGUCAGCUGGACAAUCCUGAUGAGCAGGCGGCUCAGAUCAGAAGGGAACUGGAUGGACGGCUGCAGAUGGCGGAUCAGAUCGCUCGGCUCGGAGGAAGGUUUCCCAGGUUAAUUUCCAGAGAGAUGGAGGCCAUGUUCAUCGAGGAGCUGCGCUCGUCUGUCAACCUGCUGAUGGCAAACCUGGAGAGCAUGCCGGUCUCCAAGGGCGGCGAGUUCAAGCUGCAGAAGCUGAAACGAGGACACAACACCUCCAUUAUGGACAUGGGUCAGGAGGAUGAAAAUCUGCUGUCCAAGUCAGACGUGGUCCUCUCAUUCACUCUGGAGGUGGUGAUAAUGGAGGUUCAGGGUCUGAAGUCUUUGGCUUCAAACAGAAUAGUUUACUGCACCAUGGAGGUGGAAGGAGGACACAAGCUGCAGACGGACCAAGCUGAAGCCUCCAAACCAAUCUGGGGAACCCAAGGUGACUUCACCACCACCCAGCCUCUACCUGCUGUGAAGGUGAAGCUGUUCACUGAGAGCACAGGCGUGCUGGCUUUGGAGGACAAGGAGCUCGGAAGGGUUGUGCUUCACCCGACUCCCAACAGUCCCAAACAGUGUGAGCUCCAUAAGAUGGCAGUGACUAAAGGCUGCCCAGAUGAGCUCAAGAUAAAACUAGCCAUCCGCAUGGACAAGCCUCAGAACAUGAAGCAUUGUGGGUAUCUUUGGGCCAUUGGCAAAAAUGUGUGGAAAAGAUGGAAGAAGAGAUUCUUUGUCUUGGUACAGGUGAGCCAGUACACUUUUGCGAUGUGCAGCUAUAGAGAGAAGAAGGCUGAGCCGGUGGAGCUUCUGCAGCUGGACGGCUACACUGUGGACUACACUGACCCUCAGCCAGGUCUGGAAGGCGGCCGGACGUUCUUCAACGCUGUGAAAGAGGGUGACACUGUGAUAUUUGCCAGCGACGACGAGCAGGACCGCAUCUUAUGGGUGCAGGCCAUGUACAGGGCCACCGGUCAGUCCCACAAGCCGGUGCCCCCUACCCAGGUCCAGAAGCUGAAUUCCAGGAGCGGCACUGCCCCGCAACUCGAUGCGCCCAUCUCCCAGUUCUACGCUGACCGAGCCCAAAAGCACGGCAUGGAUGAGUUCAUCUCAGCCAACCCGUGUAACUUUGACCACGCCUCCCUGUUUGAGUUAGUGCAACGCCUCACCUUGGACCACAGACUAAAUGACUCCUACUCCUGCCUGGGUUGGUUCAGUCCCGGCCAGGUGUUUGUCUUGGAUGAAUAUUGUGCCCGCUAUGGCGUCAGAGGCUGCCACCGGCACUUAUGUUACCUUAGUGAUCUGCUGGAGAGGGCCGAGAAUGGAGCCAUGAUUGACCCCACGCUGCUUCACUACAGCUAUGCUUUCUGUGCCUCCCACGUACAUGGAAACAGACCCGAUGGGAUCGGCACAGUGACUGUGGAGGAAAAGGAGCGUUUUGAAGAAAUCAAAGAGAGACUACGAGUGCUUCUGGAGAACCAGAUUACACAUUUCAGAUACUGUUUUCCAUUUGGACGACCAGAGGGAGCACUAAAAGCAACUCUGUCCUUGCUUGAAAGGGUUCUGAUGAAAGAUGUUGUGACACCGGUCCCACAAGAAGAUGUCAAAGCUGUGAUCAGGAAGUGUCUGGAACAGGCCGCCAUAGUCAACUACCAACGCCUGUCAGAGUAUGCAAAACUGGAAGGGAAAAAAAGAGAGAUGUAUGAGCAUCCUGUCUUCUGCUUGGCGUCUCAAGUGAUGGAUUUAACUAUUCAAAAUGUAGGCCGUUUAGUCACCCCUGCCAAAAAGCUGGAGGACACUAUCCGUUUGUCUGAGCUGGUUAUCGAGGUGCUUCAGCAGAAUGAGGAACACCAUGCUGAGGGAAAAGAGGCCUUUGCGUGGUGGUCGGACCUGAUGGUGGAGCAUGCCGAGACCUUCCUGUGUCUUUACUCGGCCGACAUGGAUGCAGCCCUUGAAAUCCAGCCGCCUGACAGCUGGGACAGUUUCCCGCUUUUCCAGCUGCUCAACGACUUCCUGAGAGUGGAUUACAACCUGUGCAACGGGAAGUUCCAUAAACACCUCCAGGACCUGUACGCCCCUCUGGUGGUGCGAUACGUGGACCUGAUGGAGUCGUCCAUCGCUCAGUCCAUCCACAGAGGCUUUGAAAGAGAGUGCUGGGAACCAGUAAACAACGGUUCAGCAACUUCGGAGGACCUGUUCUGGAAGCUGGACGCUCUGCAGACGUUCAUCAGAGAUCUCCACUGGCCGGAAGAAGAGUUCGGCAAGCACCUAGAAACCAGACUGAAGCUGAUGUCCAGUGACAUGAUAGAAUCUUGUAUAAAACGGACCCGGGCAGCAUUUGAGGCCAAGCUGCAGAGAAGCAGCCGGACCACAGAUUUCCGCGUGCCUCAGUCCAUCUGCACCAUGUUUAAUGUCAUGGUGGACGCCAAGUCCCAGUCAGCCAAACUGUGUGUUGUGGACCUCGGUCAGGAGAGACAAUACCACUCCCAAAUCGACCAUCUGAUUGAGGAGACGGUGAAGGAGAUGAUUACUCUUUUGGUUGCAAAGUUUGUGGUCAUUCUAGAGAGUGUGUUAUCUAAACUCUCUAGAUAUGACGAAGGAACCCUCUUCUCUUCCUUCUUAUCUUUCACAGUAAAAGCUGCCUCAAAGUAUGUAGAUGUACCUAAGCCAGGGAUGGAUGUUGCAGACUGCUACGUUACCUUUGUUCGUCAUUCCCAGGACAUGCUGCGAGAGAAGGUCAAUGAGGAGAUUUACGUCGAGAGACUUUUUGAUCAAUGGUACACCAGCAGUAUGAAUCUUAUUGGAACAUGGCUGACUGACCGUAUGGACCUGCAGCUGCAUGUCUACCAACUGAAGAUACUCAUCAGGAUUGUCAAAAAAAAGUACCGUGAUUUCCGUCUCCAAGGAGUUCUGGACUCAACAUUGAACUGUAAGAUGUAUGAGACCGUAAGAAAUCGGCUGACCUUAGAAGAAGCUACCGCUUCGGUGAGGGAAGGAGGGAUGCAAGGCAUUACAAUGAGGGACAGCGAUGAAGAUGAUAAUGAUAACUAGAUCAAAGAUCUGGUUGCUACCACAAUGUCAAAAUGGUAUGGGACAUUCCAAUAACCCCAGGUUGUCUUUUCUUGAGUUCAGAACUGAUUAUUUAGUCAAUUCGCUUUUUCUUUUUCUUUUUUUUUGUCAAAUGUCGCAUUCUAAUGGUCAAUUAAUAAACGUUUCUGUAAAAGUUAUUACAAGAUGAGAACGCUUAAUGCUGAUCAAAAACUCUUAUCAAAAUAUAAACAGUACAGUAACAGUGAUCUCUCACUAUGCUGACCAACUUUUCAUCUUUUCAUCAUUUCGUCUCUGAAACACAAAGCAGCUGAAGAAAUAUAAAGUCCUUUUCACCUGUUUUUGCUACUGAAACUUGAAAAACCCUAAAUAGCAAUCCACAAACAAGUGAUUGGUGUCUUUAAAAAAAAAAAACCUGAUAAUUGAUAUUCAUCCCUGAAGUAAAUGGCUCGGCAGUUGUCAUGGCACCUAUUAUCAGUAAUGGAAAGCAUGACACAGUGCUAAAAAGGUUGAUUUAGAGGUCGUAAAGACUCGUCGCUUUCACUGGUAACUUACCUGAUUGACUCUCAGACCCGAAUCUCUGCUAUAUUUGGUUCAUUUGAUGUGAACAUUUGCCUUCUCAGAUGAGGCCCCCAAACCAUAGAAACCAUCAGGACUAAGUGCAACAGCUUAUAAACCACAGCUAGUUCACUCCAGAAAAUGUUACAUUGGUUAAAGUAACUCCAAAGGAGACACACAUGCAAAACAAGAUGGCAGACCUUACCAUAGGUCUAACAAACACAUUCAGAUCCUUCCUAACUUUGAAAGCAACAAAUAUUGAAUAGGGGUGAGGGGGAUUCGGCUCUUAUAUCAAAUUAUGACAAAAACACCCAGAGGUGAGAAAAAAACUGUUCUUUUGCUAUCAUUUAUGUUUAUCAGACAUCUGUCCCAUUGGCAGGAUUUUGAAAAACAUCAAAAAAAUGAGCGAUACCAAGUUUUGCUUCUUUAAAAAAAGAUUCUCUGGGACACAGAACACGUCUCCUUCCUUUAACUAUGCCUUUCUUUGACAUUUGUGUAAAUUUUUGUGACAUUGUCGUACAGCCAAAAAUGCAUAUUGUGGUCUUGAAUAUUUAAGAACCCAACUUGAAUCUAUCCGUAUCUUAAAGUUCUUUUAGCCAAAUUUCUUGAAAAUUCCCAAACAUGUUCAUUUGGUGAUGUGUCUAGUUACAGUUUAAACCAGAAAUGUACAUACAGCAAAUAAAAAGGCACACACAUUGUUUCUCACUGUUUGCGGCCAAAUCAGACCAAACCUCUCUUGUGUUAGGUUGGUUAGAAUGACAAAAAGUAUUUGCAUUUGCUAAAUGCCAGAAAGCUUUGCAAUAACAUUUUUCGAAUAUUGUUUUGUAACUUUCUUUGAAUUUAGAAGUUUAGUGAAAUCUGAACAAAAUCAAAGAAAUGUGUCUGGAAUCUGUAUGACUUGGGCCAAACCUUUUAGGACUCCUUCCGCAAGUUUCUCACAGUAAUUUGAAAGAGUUCUGGUCCAUUCCGCCUGAUAGAAAAGGCAUAACUCUUUCAGGUUUGGAAGCCGUCUCACAAAUUCUCCAUAGGACUGAGAUUGGGUCUUUGUGAUGGCCACACCAAAAAACUGACUCUGUUGUCUUUACACCAGGUCUUUGGCUUUAGCUCUGGGGUCAAUCUGCACAUUUUGGACCAAAAGACAUUCAUCUCUGGGACACAGAACCCGUCUCCUUCCUGAUCUGGAUGAUGGCUGGACAUUCCCAGCAUGUCUAUACUUGCAUAUAAUUGUCUGAACAGAUGAACACGACACCUUCAAGCGACUAGAAAUUGUUCCCAAGGUGUUCUUCUUGAUGUCUUGGCUGAUUUCUUUUUAAUUUCCUAUCGGAUCAAAGGUGGAAGCAGUGUGUUUCAGGUGUGGCCUUAAAAUACAUCCACGAGUGUUCCUGUGGGAAACCCAAAAGUUUUGACCCAAGUCAUGAAGUUUAAAAGACAAAUAUCAGUGAUACUGAGCAAACGUACGUAAACUUCUAAGUUACAAAAAAAAAAAAAUCCUCAUAAAGUUUAGGCAUUUAGCAAAUAAAUAUCAUUUUGGUGAUUCUAAAGACCCCCCACAUACUUACAGUAGGUGAACAUAAACCAGGCGUUCUCGAUGCCGACUCAAAGCGGAUGUGUGCCGGACAUGUCCGGUGUAGCACAGUAAACUGCAGGAAAGCGUUUUCACAUUGAAUCUUUUUAUAUGCAACACGGAACUGAUAAGGUUGAGAGAGUGACCAGGACACAAAGCAGCUAGGUUGCCAUUAACGUGUGCUUUGGCUGCCCUGGUGGAGGAGAAACGGGGCUAAGCGCCCAACUAGAUCAUCAAACCUACUAGUAUCCAUUCGGAUUGUGGGACUUGAAGGAAUUUGUCAGGAAGAAUAUAUGCGGUCGGUAAGCUUGACUAUGAAAUCUCAACCGUCCGCAGUGUGUGCAGAGCCCAUGUGGUUCACAGGAUACACAAAGUAGGCCAGAGUAUCGGAGCCUCAACUAUCCAAAAAUAAGAAAGGUAUGGUCUGAUUCAGCUUCAGGGAGGGAAAAAAAUGUUUUUUUAAAUUUUGUAUGUAAAUAUUUGGUUUCAACUGUAUUUGAUAAAGUAAAUUCUAGUUGCAUCAUAGAAAACUUAUCUGGUCUGCUCUAAGCGAGGGGUUGGGAUAGUUAAAAUGCUUUUCUUUUAUUAAAAAAUGAUUUAUGUGUGAAACAUGGAGCUGGUUGAUGAUGUUAGCCUGACUUUCAUUUAAUUACAAACCUCCGUAGUUAGAAGUUGGCGAAAUCAAUUCCUUUGUUGAAGUUACACAAUUUAGGUUAUGGGAAAUCAAUCUGGAGUUGAAAUACAUUCAACUUCAUAAAAACACACCGUUUUUGUUUUUUUUUUUUAAGUCCGCUUGCAUGAGACAUUAAAUUGUAUAUUUGGUUCGGAAGUAUUUGUUCCUUGGAGCUGUGAAGUUAGAGAGAAAAAUCCUGUAGGAGUUUUGUAAUAGUUUGGUUUUUUUCAGUCUUUCGAAAAGGCAGCGUUAUGUAAAAUCUCCUCCUCAGACCUGUAGUUUCUAAACUUUGGCCUCAGCUCCUUCAGACUAGCCAGCAGCAAUUAGCAAAUACCAGGUGGAGCUCCACCUCUACUGAGCUCAUCAGAGUUACUUCUCAGUGCAACACCGUUUAAAACAUUAUUAAAGGGUUAAUAAAGGAGCCUUGUUGUGAUGACUUAAUAAAAAAUGAGUGUCAGAAAGAGCAGGAGAGAGACUGUCUUAAAGAGACAAAGGCCCAAUUUUAAAUUACGAAGUCUAUUAUCUUUAACGUCAUAUUUGACAAAUAUGCAGCAUUUUUACAACAACUGAAAAUUCUUGAUUGUCUUAUAAAACGGGACUAUGUGUCUGGAAAAUACACAACAGCCUUUACAUUAUUAAGUAUAAGUAUACAAAUUGUAUUCUUUGAGUCACGCUUUUAAAAAAGUUUACAUUUAAAAUUUGGUCCCAAUUACAAAUAAAAGAUACAAAACUUCAACUUCACAGUUACAAGACACAAGUACUUUUGUACCAAAUACACCUCCAUAUAGAUGCUGUGAAACACUAAGUUAGGUCCGCAGGUUUUUUAAUUUGUACACUGGGUUUGUUCCGGGCACAGAUCCACGGUUUUAUGGCUUUUUCCCCAAUUAGUAUUCUAACUCUAAACUUUGCUCUCGUAAUGUUGAUGGCACCACUGCAAACAGGCUGGAAAUAUAAUAAAUCUCCCUAUAAGUUUACAGAUAACAUUGUUUAAAAAUAAGCUGCCUUUUGUCAGAAAUCAUUAAACAUUCGAGACGUUCGACUGCAACUGUGUUCUCAGUUUCCCUCCUUUUCCUGUCUUUUUUUAUUAAAUGGAUAUGUUAGCAAGGUAAUAUAAUUUGAAUCUUGGUUUUAUUACAUUAAUGUGUUACAUAUUUUCACAUUUAUCAUUUGAAAGCAAAUGUCUUAUUUCAUAUAAAAUACCUUUUACAUGAUUGAAGUAUUUCCCAUUUCUGAUGUACAUUUUUCUACGUGCCCUUUGCUUCGUUCCAGGAUGUACGAUGUGGCUUCCACGCCUUGUGUUGGAUUAUUGUAAGUGAAGUUUUUGCCAGUAGUUUCCUUCUAUCAGCUGUUUUCUAACGAUGUUCUUCUUGACCUUUGCGUCAUCCUGUGUAAAAGUACUGCAUGUAGCUGGUGUCCACUCCUCAAAGUGCUUUUGCUUCAUGUGUGAAGUCACUGGAAACUUCUGUUUUGCCUUCUCCAAGUGCCCAUUAUUUCUGAGAACAUUUCAAUAAAAGGUAAAUAAAAUGUGGAAACG